AUUGGAGCAAAAGGAAUUGGUCCUUUAACUUUGCUCCUCUCUGCUCAGCAGUAGACUCGGGGAAGGCCUGCCCCAAACAACAGGCACAAGGUGCCACCAGCUGCCGGCCUUUUAGUCAUCUCUCUCCUCCAGGUAGGGAUUAAUUCCAAUUUCAAGGAGAGCUGCCUCUGCCGGCCCGGCAGAGCUCCUGCCCGCAGCCGCAGGACGUGUGCCGGGCAGGGGGCAGCGGCCUUGGGCUGAACCGCGGCUUUCCAUCCGUGUUUGCUUUCCGGGUGUGGGUGUCGAGUGCAGCAGACUGGAAAGAUGAGUAAUGCCACACGUGCUCUCGCCUCUCCCGUGGCACCUACCACCCUGGAGCCUGGCACCACGGCCCAGCUGGCCUCAGCCCCUCCAUCCCCAGCCUUUUCCCUGCUUAUGGCUGCCCACAACGACUCCCAGGAUGGCCAGCAGCUCUUCCUGACCACGACAACGGCACAGGCCAUCUCUGGCAUCUUCGUGUGGUCGGCACUCAUCAUCACCUUCCACCAGAUCUACACACACCUGAGGAAUUACACCAUGCCCAAAGAGCAGCGCUACAUCAUCCGUAUCCUCUUCAUCGUGCCCAUCUAUGCCUUCGACUCCUGGCUCAGCCUCCUCCUCCUCGGCAGCCACCAGUACUACGUCUACUUUGACUCAGUUCGUGACUGCUAUGAAGCUUUUGUGAUUUACAGCUUCCUAAGUCUGUGCUUUGAGUACCUUGGAGGGGAGAGCAACAUCAUGACAGAGAUCCGAGGGAAGCCCAUUGCGUCCAGCUGCUUUUAUGGGACCUGCUGCCUUCAGGGUAUGUCCUACUCCAUCGGGUUCCUGCGCUUCUGCAAGCAGGCCACACUGCAGUUCUGCAUUGUGAAACCCCUCAUGGCAAUCAUCACCAUCAUCCUGCAGGCAUUCGGGAAGUACCACGAUGGAGACUUCAAUGUCCAUAGUGGAUACCUCUACAUCACCAUCAUCUACAACUUCUCCGUCAGCCUGGCACUUUACGCACUCUUCCUCUUCUACUUCGCCACCAUGGACCUGCUGCGCCCGUUUGAGCCGGUCCUCAAGUUCAUCACCAUCAAGGCAGUCAUCUUCCUCUCCUUCUGGCAAGGGACGCUGCUGGCAAUCCUGGAGAAAUGUGGGGUGAUCCCUGAAGUUCAGAUCAUAGAUGGGAAGGAGGUGGGAGCUGGGACAGUGGCUGCUGGCUACCAGAACUUCAUCAUCUGCAUUGAGAUGCUCUUUGCUUCCAUUGCCCUGCGCUACGCAUUCACCUGCCAGGUGUACAGGGAGAAGAAGGAGAAAUCAACAGCAAACCUCGCCCCGAUGCAGAGCAUCUCCAGUGGGCUGAAGGAGACCAUCAGCCCCCAGGACAUCGUGCAGGAUGCCAUCCACAACUUCUCGCCCAUGUACCAGCAGUACACCCAGCAGUCAAUGCAGGAAGCAGAGCGCAAGGCACCGGGGCAGAAUGGGCACGUGGCCUCCAAAACGGAUGGACAGAGCAGCAGGAAGAACAAAAACAUUGAGAAGAGAGUGCUGAUUCUGUCAGAUGAGGAGCUGUAGGGGAUAUCAGAAGGGAUGGUGACACUGGAAAGAUUUAAACCCAUGCAAAUGGGAGGCAUCUCGAGGCUGGGACAGCCUGGUCAUCAGAACGCUGGGAAGCCAGGAACUCUGCCCAAAAAGCCAGUCUCUCAAAGGGAAGAUGCAAUAACCCAGGGAAAGGUUAAAUCAAAUAGUGCCAGUUUCUGCUGUCCCAUCUCUCCUGCUGUUACAGAUGAGGCUGUGUUUGAUCCUGUGUUGCAGCCUGGGCUUUGCUGCCCCACUGCUGGUGCCUCUCUGCCAGCCCCGUGCCAACGCUGGGGGAUGCCAGGCAGGGAGGGGAGCCAGGGUGCAGGACAGACCACCUGCCCUCGCUCUCCUCUUAGCUCUAAGCAGUGCUGAGGCCUGAGAGAAAUGCUUUUCUCAGCACACUUCUGCUCUAGUUUCUCCCAAUUUGAGUAAAAAAUGAUCUCCAAGGGCCCUGUGGAGAAAACUAGCCCAGGAAGGUGACUUCGCUUCACCUCAAAACCCGGUAAUGGUUGAAAGAAGUCAUUCCUUAUUUUUACAUCUUUUCCCCUUUCCUUCUCCCAGAAAAGCCUAACAGAGCUGUGCAAAAGACCUUUACCGUGGAGGAAGAGCAAGUCAUCUUCUCCCUCCAGAUGUGGAUGCAGCUGUCUGAGUAACUCCCCCGGGAGCACGGUGGGACCUCACUGGGGCUAAUCAGAGAUCUGCAGCUGCAUUUCUGAGAGCUGCCGGUGACAGAAGCGCUUGUUUAUGUCUAAAGCAGCUUAUCUCUGAAUGGAUCAGAAGUUAAAAGGGAUUCCAGCUUCCUUAUCAGAGUCUUUAUUAGGGAACCGGACUGUGACUGGUGGUGGUAGGAAUUCACUUAGUGGGAACUGUCUGUUCCUCCUAACCCUUCACUAUUCCCGGUCCCUGGGCCUUGCCUGACCUAUGGGAAGGCAGGUGGGAGCUGAGCCCAGUUGGGUGACCAGGGUGGGGACAGAGAGGUGCUGGGGGAUGUUACCACUCAGGGCAGGACCAUUGGUAGGGGAAGAGUCUGCAUAGAGGGAUUCUCCCUGUAUCAGUGAUGGAGAGUGCACAUCCUUCUGUUAAAUUUCCUGUUUCCCCCUCCUCCCCCCCCAAUUUUUUAGUCUGAUUUGUAUUCCCUAGUAAUCAGAUGAACUCUGUGAACUUACCUAGGCACUGGUUGGGCUGCUGUCUGGGGUGGGAGCUGGGUAGUGGAAGGACAAGAGUGAGUCUACAGCCUCAGAUUUGCAGUCAUGUGGCAAACAAACCCAUGGGUAAGGCUUGAAGCCCUCUUACGCACAACUCCAAGCAUUUGGGUCUUUUUUUCCCCUGCUCUUAAGCUGCAAAAUGUAAAUCAUAACAUUAAAUGAUUUUAUUUAUUUUUUUUCUAAUAAACAGCAAUUUCUAGCA